CGAUAGGCGGGGCUUUGGGAUUGCUGAGUUCCAGGCGCUCUCUGGGGGUGACCGGAUCUGUAUCGAGCUGCUGAGCCGGGUAGAGAGCACUCAGUGAGGGCAGCGAUCGCUGGCGGAUAGGGAGCCUCUCACCGAGCUGAGCCGAGUUACGGGCCGGGGGCUGCUGACAUGACGUCCCGCAGAUGGUUUCAUCCUAAUAUCAAUGGACUGGAAGCAGAAACGCUACUACUAAAACAUGGAGGGCACGGAAGCUUUUUGGCCCGACCCAGCAAGAGUAACCCAGGAGACUUCACGCUCUCUGUCAGGAGACAUAAUGAAGUCACGCACAUUAAAAUCCAAAAUACCGGUGAUUACUAUGACCUCUAUGGCGGUGAGACUUUUGCGACACUGGCCGAGUUGGUGCAGUAUUACACAGAACAGCAAGGGCUCCUACGUGAAAAAAACGGCGAUGUCAUUGAGCUCCGAUACCCGCUCAACUCCCAGGACCCAACAUCGGAAAGGUGGUAUCACGGACACCUUUCUGGCCGGGAAGCUGAAAAGCUUCUUCUGGAAAAAGGAAAGCCUGGGAGUUUCCUGGUGAGGGAAAGCCAGAGCAAACCAGGGGAUUUUGUAUUGUCCGUCCUGACAAGCGAAGAAAAGCUGGAGAAUGGAGAGCGUAAAUCCCGUGUAACACAUGUGAUGAUACGGUUUCAGCCGGAUGGCAAAUACGAUGUUGGAGGUGGUGAACGCUUUGAUACACUAACUGAUCUACUGGAGCACUACAAAAAGAAUCCAAUGGUAGAGAAGUCUGGGGCAGUGGUGCAUCUAAAACAGCCUUUUAAUGCCACGAGGAUCAGUGCAGCUAAUAUAGAGACGCGUGUACGUGAGCUGAACAAAAUAGCUGAUAACGCAGACAAGGCCAAGCAAGGAUUCUGGGAAGAAUUUGAGAUGCUACAGCAGCAGGAGUGUAAAUUGCUCUACUCCAGGAAGGAAGGUCAACGGCUGGAAAACAAAAGCAAGAACAGAUAUAAGAAUAUCCUACCUUUCGAUACAACGCGGGUUGCUUUGCGAGAUGUUGAUGAGAGCAUCCCGGGAUCAGAUUACAUCAAUGCAAAUUACAUCAAGAACGACGAUUCUCGAGGUUCCCAGCACAGUAAAGUGUAUAUCGCCACUCAGGGCUGUCUGCAGAACACAGUGUGCGACUUCUGGAAGAUGGUGUAUCAGGAAAACACACACGUCAUUGUCAUGACUACCAAAGAGAUGGAGCGAUCCAGGAAAAAGUGUUUUUGCUAUUGGCCAGAUGAAAAUUGUUCCAAAGACUACGGUGGCAUCGCGGUGCAGAGUUUGGCUGUGCAUUUGGAAAAAGACUACAUCCUGAGAGAGCUGCAGAUGUCUCGUGUAGACGGGGAAGAGCCACCACGGCACAUUUGGCAUUAUCAGUAUCUGAGCUGGCCAGACCACGGGGUUCCCAACGAGCCAGGAGGAGUGCUGAGAUUCCUGGAAGAAAUCAAUGCAGCCCAACACUGCACUCCUCAGUCUGGGCCUAUUGUGGUGCACUGCAGUGCCGGUAUUGGACGAACUGGGACAAUAAUAGUAAUCGAUAUUCUGGUCGAUGUUAUUAACAGACAAGGCUUGGAUUGCGACAUCGACGUCCCGAAAACAAUUCAGAUGGUGCGGCAGCAGCGGUCAGGCAUGGUGCAAACAGAGGCCCAAUAUAAAUUCAUUUACAUGGCAGUGCAGAAAUAUAUAGAAUCCAGGAAGAAACUCUUGGAAGAUGAACAGAGGGGUAAGAAGAAGGAUCGCGAAUACAGCAACAUUCACUAUUCACCGGGGGAGAAGGUCAAACCCAAGCAGCCGCCAUCUGUAGCUCCAAAUCCAACCAGGGUAAAUGAUGAUUCCGCUUGUGUCUAUGAAAAUCUCAACAUUAGAAGCACGCAUGUGUCUAGUACGAGUAAUUCUGGCAGAUAAGUCUUGUCCGUUAUCGAGAUGCGCAGAUAACAGUAAAAAAGGACAGUACAUUUCGUCUCGGUUUCCUGGCCGUGGCCGUCUGGAGAUGCCCCCCAGUUCUGCAGCCUAUCCCUGCCUAGCCCCCCGAGCCAGCUCCAGGAGGCACCCAGCGUGAGCGAGAGAAGGAGGUGUGCGCUGUGAGGGACAGGACGCCUAAAGUAACUUAUUACUAGAGAACACUUCGGUUGCCUUGAUGUUUGGCAAAGUAUUUAUUUAAGUGCCUCAGAAUGUCUGUGGAGUUUUAAUUUUUUUGUUACUAUUCUGUUUUUAUUCUGUUUUGUAAAAAAUGUAAAAUAAAUUCCUUGUUCUGUACAAUAAAAAA